AUGAUUUUGGCUGCCUUAGUUAUAUUAGUUUCAAUUAUUGUCUUAUAUAUCUACUACGACAACCGAAACCAUCUCCCAGGACCAUGGAAUCUCCCAAUUAUAGGUUACUUGCAUAAGUUAGACCCAGUUUCACCCCACUUGACUUUGACCAAACUUGCCCAAAAAUAUGGGCCAAUUUUUCGAAUCAAACUAGGUUUAGUAAACAUCGCCGUGGUUUCUGAAGCAAAAUUACUGAACAAAAUUUUGCUCAAAGACGAAACUUUGGGAAGACCGCCACUUUUUAUGAUGCAUGUGAUGUUUCGUGGCAAAGGUAGCACAUAA